AUGUUUAAGAAAUUUGAUUUCGCAAUAUCAUUGAAUACUAAAAUAAAUAAAAAAUGUUUUACUUCAUCAUUCAAGACAUGUGACAAAGAAAGUUUAGCAAACAUGAGGCAACCUUUAAACUGUUUAUUUCUGGUAGCGCAUGCCAAAUGGUGUGCAAAAACGAAGGAAGCAAAAAAAGAAGAAGAUUCGAGACAUAAGGGACGGAAGGUAUACGAACAAGCCAAAUGA